GCAACGCAGUAUUUUCUUUCCGGUUGUUGGCUCUUGCCGGCCCCACCCCGACUGGGCCCUGCGCCCCCCGCCCCCCGCGGCCCACUGCCGCCGGGCCCGCUGCCACCAUGAAGAAAUUCUUCCAGGAGAUCAAGGCUGACAUCAAGUUCAAGAGUGCGGGGCCUGGUCAGAAGCUCACGGAGUCUGUGGGGGAGAGGGCCCCGAGAGAGAAACCCAACCAGCCGGCGCUCCGGCAGCCCCGCCAGGGACCCACCGAUGAGGCGCAGAUGGCGGCCGCCGCGGCCCUGGCGCGGCUCGAGCAGAAGCAGCCCAGGGCCCGGGGCCCCACGUCGCAGGAGUCCAUCCGGAACCAGGUGAGAAAGGAACUUCGAGCGGAAGCCACUGUCAGCGGGAGCCUGGAGGCCCCAGGGACCAACAUGGUAAACACGUCCACGGGCAGCACGAUACCCGAGGGGCACCCGCAGACUCGGGCAGUGCCCGAGCCCAAAGAGGAGGGCUCCACCCAUCCGGCUGUGCCCGCCGUGUGCUUCACCUGCCCGCUCACGGGGGCCACGCUCACGAAGGACCAGCGCGACGCCCACAUCAAGGAGGCCAUUCUCUCGCACUUCUCCACCGACCCCGUGGCUGCCUCCAUCAUGAAGAUCCACACGUUCAACAGAGACCGGGACAAGGUGAAGCUGGGCGUGGACACCAUCGCCAAGUAUCUGGACAAUAUCUGCCUGCACCCCGAGGAGGAGAAGUACCGGAAGAUCAAGCUGCAGAACCGGGUGUUUCAGGAGCGAAUUAACUGUCUGGAAGGGACACACGAGUUUUUUGAAGCCAUUGGCUUCCAGAAGGCGCUGCUUCCAGUUCCAGAUCAGGAGGGCCCCGAGGAGUUCUACGUGCUGAGCGAGGCGGCCCUGGCCCAGCCCCAGAGCCUGCAGACGCACAAGGAGCAGCUGCUGGUGGCCGAGCCUGUGCGGGCGAGCCUGGCCCGCCAGCGCCGCGUCUUCCAGCCCUCGCCCCUGGCCUCCCAGUUUGACCUGCCCGGGGACUUCUUCAACCUCACGGCGGAGGAGAUCAAGCGGGAGCAGAGGCUCAGGUCGGAGGCCGUGGAGCGGCUGAGCGUGCUGCGGACCAAGGCCAUGCGGGAGAGGGAGGAGCAGAGAGAGAUGCGCAGAUACACGUACACGCUGCUGCGCGUCCGCUUCCCGGACGGCUGCCUCCUGCAGGGCACCUUCUAUGCGCGGGAGCGGGUGGCCGCGCUGUACGCCUUCGUCCGGGAGGCCUUGCAGAGCGACUGGCUGCCUUUUGAGCUGCUGGCGUCGGGCGGGCAGAAGCUGUCGGAGGAGGAGAGCCUGGCCUUCAACGAGUGCGGGCUGGUGCCCUCUGCCCUCCUGACCUUCUCGUGGGACGCGGCCGUGCUGGAGGACAUCAGGGCCGCAGGGGCUGAACCGGACUCUUCUAUUCUGAAGCCUGAGCUCCUGUCAGUCAUCGAGAAGCUCUCGUGAAAUAAAAGCAGGGUUGGCUUUAC